AUGAGCCGCGUUGACAAUGCGGAGUUGGUCAAGACGCUGCGGCUGAAGCUGGUGGACAUCGCUGCCUCCGUUGCCUUGACCUUUCGCCCAGAGGCCAAGACUGCCGUCACGGGGAGCAGCUUGAAGGACUGGCUGACGGCACGCGCCGUGGGAUACGACAACAUCCUGCUGGGUGCUGUUCAAGUGCAGUGUAUGGAGCCUGCCAGGAAGAGGAUUCUCUUCCAGGCCAUGAGGAUUGCCUUAGAGUUGGAGACCCAGCUCCACGUCAUCAUCUCCACGACGACUGCGCUCUCCGCGUGGCUCUUCGACCAUUGGAGUGACUCUCGGGGUGGUGAGGUCGGGGCUUGGGAACGCUAUCCAGCACCCGCUGAAAGCUGGUAUUCUGCAACGUUCCACCGCGCAGGGCACCAGAGCAUCAUUCAGGUGGAUGUGUUGGGAGGCGCCUUUCUGGUGAAUGGGCGGCCUGUUGGUCGCUUGCCAGAGCAGAUUUCAGAAAGCGAGUGCUAUGUCAGGUUGUUCCGGGAUAGCAUCUUCGAUGUGCAGCCAGCACAUGGUGGACGAGGCUACAAAACCAGAAUCAUGGGGGGCGCCUGCUUCGGGUUUGACUUGGAGGAAGAUGGCCAGGUCAUUAUUACAGAGGAGAGGGAAGUUGAGGGUCAGCUGGUGAAGGCCACCCUGGUUCCACACCAAAGCUUUCAAGGUGACCUGCCCAUCUCAUUCGUGGAAGAUUACAGCCAUUGGCUGGUGAGAGGCAAGGGUGGGAAAGCUUCCGUGUACUUCCGGCCUAUCCAGUUCGACCACCCGGACAAUCAGUAUGGUUGCUCAGUCCGCGGCGCACCUUAUGUGCUCCACGUCGACUCCAUGAUGGUCAUCCGGAGCCAGGACAGCUCCAAGUUGGUGGAUGUCCGAAGCGACACAUUUCACGCGAUUUCUUCGGUGCUCCGCCGCUUGGAAGACCCAGACCACAUUCACAUCUUUCGCAACGAUGCCAAAGCUCCUGAAGCCAUUUUGCCCAGGCGUUUGUUGGAAAGGGGUGCAUGGGGUGCUGGGCAGUCACUGGCGGUUGUAUGGAUCUUCCAAUCUUUGCGGUAUGGGCUGCUGCAAAAUUUGCAUUUCCAGAUCAUCGCGGGGCGAUCUGUCCGCAUCAUUUCCCGUGAGUUUGGCGGAGAAGUGGCAGCAGACCAAAACAUCGGCACCCUGGUGGGGCUUCAGCAUGGCUUGCUACUGGAAACGACCCACGAGAAGAAGUUGCUCCUGCCUCAUUCGGAGGUGCUGAGGGAGAUCCAUGGCAACCAUUGCCUCGUGAAGAUGAACCUAGGUCAUCUCCUGAAUCCACCGGUGUUUGUAUACUCUGUCCGCGAAGAUCUUCGAGAGUUGAGGGGCCAGAAAGAUCGCGUGGCCUGGCUCUACCUUGCUAAGUUGCAUGCGCUGACAUCCCAUGUGCUCCGAGAUCCGUUUACGUUGCGAACUGGAACAGAAACAUCUUUGGGUCUCCUUCGAUCGGCUCGAUGCAGAGGGAACUUGUCCAAUGGUGCUGACGUUCCUCGUUCCGAGGCAGAAAGAACCUUGCAGGAAAUUGCCAGGCUGUCCCCAGUGCGACAAAGCAAGAACGGCGCCGAGGUCGUCAAUUUCCAGCAGUUCUGUGCGCUCUGCGCACAUGAAGGCUUCGCUUUUCUUGCACGUGACGCCCUGCAGGAGAUUUCGGAGCAACAAGCCCUUUCAGGUUUGCAAAGUCACCACCAACCUCAAUAUUGUUUGGAGAGGUGCGGCAGCUUGGCCCAAAGGGCAUAUUUCCGCAGCAGUGAGAUCUUCGGCUUGCCCGGGCGUUUGGAAGCAGAGGAGGAGGCGGCGGCUGCGCAGCCAUGUCGGCCGUGGCAACCAGAACCUUGGCACGAGAGCUUAGGAGGUUGCCAAGAGGUCAGGGACGUUGCGUUCGUGAUUUUCGGCAAGACUUUGGCGCCGCCGCCUGAGAGAAGGCCUUGCUUGAAGAGUCUCCUGCUUACCAAUCAAAGUUUGCAAGGGUGCGGCAACGUGUCCUGUGAAGAGCAGAGUGUGGGCACGUGGGAGCUUAUGAGUGGGGAUGGUCUGCGACAUUGGUGGUUGACUUUCUUUCGGGCUGCAAAGCGAGGAAGCAAGGAGAAAUGCAGCUUCAUGCUGGCUUACUUUGCUUCCCGAUGGCCCCAUUGUGUGGCUCACCUACAAGUGUUGGCCAGCAUUUGUUUGCACAGCAACGACUUCCGAGCCUUGGAUCCUCCGGCUUAUUCAUUGUACAUACAGCCGAACGAGAGGGACUUGAAUGCCAACACAGUCCAGGGCAUCAUCCGGAGGCACCUGAGGCCCUUCAAAGAAGCUCGGCCCCAAAGACCCACCCAUCGUCAGCAAAUCCAAGCUGAUCAAGAAUAUAAGGCCAGGAAACAGGAACACAACCAUCUUUGUGCCGAAAGCCUCCAGCGGUUGCAGGGUGUAGUCAACCAGAGGUGGCUUCAGAAGCUACGAGCUGUGCAGGUCCAUGACUGUGAAGACCACAUGGUCCAGAACGCUUUGGCGCUUGCAGGGGAGUUGAAUGGAUGCUUUGAACGCUGGUGGCGGGCAGCUGAAUUGCAUGCGUUUCUGGAGCAGGUGGAGAACACAAUUCAGCAGUUCGGAGGCGCUUCCUUGCGGAACUUGCUGCCGUGGUCCAGUCGUGCUGUUUGGGGAAGCUGCCCGGCCGAAACUCGGACGCUGCCGCCACCCGCUUGCAGAGAUGCCUUUAACCUCUCCGAGCCUCUCCCUUCAGAGCUGGAAGAGCAUCCUUUGGAUGAUCUGUGGGAGGCAGGAGCACCGAAAGAACAGUUUGUGUUGAAGCCGACACCGGCCUUUCAACCACCCCCUCGGCGGUCAGCGGAACUGCAGUUGGCGAGAGACGAAGGCUGUUCUGCCAUCUACGCGGAGCUUAGCAAGCCACUGCACGAGAGUUGGCGCCUGGCGCAAGAGAUGAAGUUGCCUCAGAUCUCUGAUGGUUGUUUUCCGACCACAUUGAGCGACGACCUGCAAGCUGCGCUGGAAGCAAGGCAGAAGGAGACAGAUGGUGCCUGGCAGCGCGUGCUUGAAGCCAUGCAUGGCCAGGGACGGUUUGAUGCUUUGAUGAGGAGCUGUGGGUUACUUGAAGAACCAGCUCCGCUCUACGUCCUUUCCAGGCUUCUCAGGGAGGAAGGUCAGUUGACGCAG